UUGUCGCAUGCGAAUUUGUUUUCUCCUAAAUAGGGAUGCUUCACAUUCUACAAAGUAGAAAGGCUUCAAAGCCACCCAUAGUUCGGGCAAGUACGUCAGUGGCUGGCGCACAACUACAAACAGUUUCAGAGGUUUAAGGAGAACUUCAAAUAUCUUUAACUGUUUGUAAUCCUUCCUUCGUAUUUUCUGGAGGAGAAAAGUUACUGGAACGAAUUGGCAUUGAAGGGUUGGGUGGAAUUUACUGUCAUAAAUGUAAUGGUUAGAAUAUCUUUAAAAGCAAGGAGGCAUGGAGAUUUCACAUCUUACAUGCGAUGAAGAGGUCAGCUACUGGAGUUACGAAGACUCCUUCGAAUUCCUCUCAAAAAUCGGCUAAACCUAAUAAUCAGGAUGGGUUUUCUCCUUCUACUGAGUCUGGUUUUCUAAAAACAAUUGAAGAAAGUCGGGUGAAAACUGCAUCCUCUGUGUUGGAGUUCCACUUCCAAAAGAAACGAGUUCGGGUUUUAACAGAGGCAACAGAAGUAAAAGAAAGUGCUGGAAGCAUUUUGUAUUGGAUGUCUCGUGAUUGUCGCGUACAAGAUAAUUGGGCUUUUUUAUUUGCUCAGAAAUUGGCCCUUAAAAAUAGGCUGCCUUUGCAUGUUUGUUUUUGCCUCGUUCCAAAAUUUCUAGAUGCUACUAUUAGGCACUACAAGUUCAUGCUGAAGGGAUUACAAGAGGUUUGCCAAGAAUGCAAGGAUUUGGACAUAAAUUUCCAUCUUCUGCUUGGGAGUGGUGGUGAGAAGAUUCCGGAAUUUGUAAAAGAAAUGGAAGUUGGGGCGGUUGUUUGCGAUUUUAGUCCUUUACGCGUGCCUUUGAAAUGGCUCGAUGAUGUUAAGAAUAACCUUCAAGAAGACGUGCCACUUUGCCAAGUUGACGCACACAAUAUUGUACCUGUUUGGGUAACUUCGGAUAAACAGGAAUAUGCAGCGCGUACGAUACGUAAUAAAAUCAAUGGAAAAUUGGAUGUGUAUCUGACAGAAUUUCCACCAGUUAUAAAACAUCCUUUUGUCGAUCGGGAAUAUAAUGACGUAGAUUGGCCAGGCGCAUUUAAUAGCCUUGAAUGUAAUAGAGAAGUUGAAGAAGUAGAUUGGGCUCAGCCAGGCUAUAAAGCAGCUUGUCGAGUACUAGAGACAUUCUGUUCCAGUAGAUUGAAAUUAUUUAAUAGUAAACGAAAUGAUCCAACUGUGAAUGCUUUGUCUAAUUUAGCACCUUGGUUCCAUUUCGGCCAUAUCUCAGUUCAGCGUUGUGUGUUAGCUGUUCGCGAUUAUAAAUCAAAGUAUCCUGAAUCGGUAGCUGCCUUUUGUGAAGAAGCUAUUGUAAGACGUGAGCUUUCUGACAACUUUUGUUUUUACAAUGAACACUAUGAUAGUUUAAAAGGGCUCGCAUCGUGGGCUGAAAAAACUCUUUCUGAUCAUCGAAAAGAUAAGCGGACUUACAUCUACACAACGGACGAAUUGGAAAAUGCAAAAACGCACGACGAUCUGUGGAAUUCGGCUCAGAUUCAACUAGUAAAAGAGGCGAAAAUUCAUGGAUUUCUGCGAAUGUAUUGGGCGAAGAAAAUUUUAGAAUGGACCGAAUCACCGGAGAAAGCGUUACAGGUUGCCAUUUACUUGAAUGAUAAGUACAGUUUGGAUGGACGCGAUCCUAAUGGAUAUGUUGGCUGCAUGUGGUCUAUCGGCGGCAUUCAUGACCAAGGAUGGAGGGAACGAGAGAUUUUCGGGAAAAUUCGUUACAUGAACUAUGAUGGAUGCAAAAGGAAGUUUGAUGUGCCUGCUUUUGUUGCAAGAUAUGGUGGGAAAGUCUACAGCAAAAAGAAAUAAAUUUUUGACUCUGCAAGCUACAUCUGCAAACUCUCGCUUCGUCGUCGUUGGUUCUCAUUUUUUAAUCACAUUAAUGGUGUCACCACUUCCCUUUCGCCUGAAAUCGCUCAUUUGCAGAUAAAAUGGAGUCAAGUUUGAAUUGUAUACAAACUGAAUUAGUCCAAAUAAACUAAAAUUUAUUUUUAAUAAUAAAAAACUUGCAUAAUUUUGAAGUA